AACGCUCCGCCCAUCAAGUAGAGGAGGAUGCUGGAAUGAUAAAGCAUCAUGCAUCUAAUCUCUUUUGAGAAUUCCGCUGAACUGUUUUCUGAUGGACGUUUGAAUUAUUUGACGGCACGGACACGUGGAUAUAGAAACAAACUUGGCGAUGGUGAUACCAAGAGGAUAACUUCAACUUCAGGACAGCCACUGCCUUCAUCUGACACUUGCCUUCGUUGGACCGUGGACCCUAGUAAACCUGACCGAAUAACUUCAUAAUUCUGUUCUUCCAGCUGAUGGAAGAGAAGACACCCAUCAAGCUUGCCAUGGUGUCCAGACUGCCUAAGUUCGGUGUCCGCCCCACCACGGGGGUCACCAGCCCCCUGCCCAAUGGAACCACCCCUUCACCCCAAGACAGCAAGACCACCCCCCCAGCAAGACCCAAUGGGGUGGUCCGUGCCUCCUCCUUCUCUCUAAAAUGGAGGAAAGACGGUGGCAGUACUCCAACCACCCCCACUAGCCUUGAAGAUGAUGCAUGCCCAAAGGAGGGAGGGGACAAGCCCAAGACUCAGCACUCCACAUGGGGGAGGGAGAUCAAGAAACCGUCCCCAUCCACCCCUAAGAGGGUCAGGAGUUCUGGUUCGUCUGAGUCAUCUACUUCAAGCCCCAGGGCCAUCCCCCGCCAAGUCACAAAGACCAGCCCCAAGGCAGGGCCCAGACAGGGGCAGAGCGCCUCCUUCAGUGGAGGCCCCAAACUAGGCCAAAAUGGAGCUACUGAUGGCUCAGGACAGUCAGGUUUAGGGCUGGUGAGGCCACGGGCCAGCUCCAGCUCCCCGCGCAGCAGCUCUAGAGAUAGCCUGUCCCAGUCCAGUGACAGCCUCAAGUCCCUCACACUGGACAACAUGGUGCGCUCGCAGAGUUUCACCCACUUCAAGCAGAUCCCGUCCCCGACCAACUUGCCCAUGGCACGCUCCUUCUCCUUUAACCGGGCAGUGGAGCUGGCCAAGCCUCUAGCCAACACCCAGCUACAACCACCCAGGACCAACCACAUCAGACCCCACCAGCUGUCGAAUGGGAGGCAGGGCCUGGGGAUGGGCCUCGGCCUGGGGACAGGGCAGGGGGGGCUUCAGUAUCCUAGGAGCCUCUCUUCAGCCGGCUCCCCCUCCACAACCCCUAGUGCCCUGAAAAAACCUCUUCUCCCCAACUGUGUUCUGAACAAGCCUUCUGCUCUGGGCUAUAGACUGACACGGCCUGGCCAGGUCAAGCAGCAGAAACCCCUGUUUACAGGGAGGGUGAAGGGGGAGGUCAGGGCUGGAGGAGUGGGGGACGGGAAUAGGGCAGAGUCACCCCCCCUCACCCUCACUCCAGACCCCCUUAGUGACAGCGACAGGACCUCAGGGGGGCAGCUCAGGGGGACAGGGGAGGGGCUAGAGGACAUGUCUCUCUCCUCAGCCUCAUCGCUCUCUCGAGGAGACACCAGCGAGGAGUUCUUGGAUGACUUUGAUAACCUGGCUGAUGGGGAUGUCCCAGACAACAGGACGAGAGGUAGUACUGCCACUCAGACCCGCCUGCGGAGCUUCCUGAUUGAGACCAUGGACUGGAAUGAGAUGGGCCUCUCAGGGCGGAAGGAGGAAGUUGGGGUAAGGACAGCCCUUGACAUCCUGCCCCCAGAGAGGGGAGACUUCCUUCAGGGCUCGUCUCUGGAGCUGUCCCCCUCCAACAGCUCGGGGGGCACCUACAUGUGGGACGAGGAGGAUCUGGAGCCCCUGGGACCCAGAACACAGCCAUGUGAGAGCUAUGACGACUCAGACCGCCUCAACAGCAUGGACAUUCUGAACAACCUGGACCCCCUGGAGCCAGCUGACCUGGAGGAUGACGACCUCAUGCUGGACGUGGACCUCCCUGAGGACGGCUCUCUACGAACACAGACAGCAGUGGCUCCAGACGCUGAUGAGAUGGCCCAUUCUGACCGCUCAGAGAGGGGGGGACGAAAGGGUCACUGGAGGAGGAGGCAGCCUCGCUGGAAUGGACUAGACCACUUCCAUAAUGACAACAGGGGUCCAGUGUUCCAGCAGUAUGAGGGUUACACUUGUCGUGGAGGGUUCAUGGUUGGCCCCCGUCCUCUUCCUCCUGUAGGGAGACACGAUGGCUACUCGGGGGCGCUGGACGAGCUCACACUCAAACACAUGGCCCAGGACUGCAGCUCUGUGAAAAACAAGCUGCUCAAACUCAAUAUUUUAUUACAGAUGGAGGAUGGAGGCUCAGAGCUUGUGAAAGAGGGCGAGGAGGUUGAGGAGGAUAACAGCACAACUAUGCAGUUGGAGGAGCUAAUGAAGGAGGUGCGGGAGCUCAGGGAGGAGCUGAGGGAUAAGGACAGGACAAUCACGCAGCUCACACAACAGCAACAGGCGUCUGCUCAUGCUGACCAGCCUGUGAGCUGUCACUGUCACCAGAGGGCACCGUCGCUGGAAGAGGACAGACAGACGCACCAAGACAAGGCCACACAGACCCCCUGGAGAGGACAAGGAAACAGCCCUGCCCAGGAGGGAGAGAGGGAGAGAGGUAGAGAGAGAGAGAGAGAGACCCCAGAGAUUCCACACUCACCGCCCUGCCCCCAGCUACCACCAGAACGCUGCUGCUUUGUAAAUCAACUUCAUAUUAUCAGACAGCUUCAAAUACUACAGCCUUCCAGCCCCAGCCACCACGAGCACCUCACCCAGGAAAGACUAGUAAAAACAGCCCUCACCGAGGGCCACAGUGACCCCCAGAGAAGGAGGAGCAGGGGAGAUGGGUCCCCUUGCACAGACUCUAACCGCCCUGCUAGAAGCCCGGCCAGGGGUGUCGACACUCCCCCAGUGCCCAACCCAGACGAGUUGAGUGUGCUACUCAGCACCCAGCUCAACAUCAAUGACAGAGAAGGGCCUGGGACCACCCCCAGCCCUACCCAGGGGCUCCCUGCAGCCAGCAGCCCAGCAACAGGAGCGCUGUCCAGGCCAGACGGGGGGCAGCGAGCCUCUCCAGAGGGCCCUGGCUGCCCUCGCAUCCUGCAGCGGCCUCGCCUCCACAUGGGUGUGUCUGUCCCAGCUCUGCCUCAAAGGUACACUAAUGGCUCUCUUCUCCGAUCAAGCUCUGUAGGACUGCUGGCCAACCACAGGACCAAGCAGCUGCCGCCUCCCUCCAGGGGUCUACCCUGCUUCAAUUCUGGUCCCCAGGCAGUGGGCCCCUCCCUGGGCCACGGUGUGCUUGCUCAGCCCCGUACGCUGGGGGUCAGGAGGGACCUCGAGAGCACCAGCCCUCCUAGUCUGGAAAUGCUAGACCUGGGACUUCUCAGAGCUAGAGUCCUGGUUCCCCCCAUCCUGUCACGCCUCCCCAAGCCAAAGAUCCAUUGAAGAGUUCACAUCAUCAAACAUAUUGUACACUAUACUGUAUAACAUCUCUCCUCUUCCACAGCCUCAUGGUUAUGACUGAGAUACGUGGAGGGACUGUUUCUAACUGACAAAUCUCCUUCAUAAAUUGUCCAGUUACUUACUUAGCAGCCUUUCAUUGCACAUAGUCAUUAUUUCUAUAUAUAUGACAAACAUUCAUAUUUUUUAUUUGGUAAUCUCACUUGUGUGUUUUCUUUAAGAACGCCAAGACUGUACAGAAUGCUCCGGUCAACUCUACUCACGCUCACUUGGGUCCUUUCUCUGUAACAGCAGAACAUGGUUUGACCAUGGUCUUCCAUGACAUCAGCAAUGUUACAUUUCCCCCAGAGGGUAAACAUAGAAUGACAGAAAAAAAGCGGGGGGGAUAAGGAGUGGAGCUUUCUGCUCAAACAGGGAAGUGGAUUGAAUGAAGAAUCAUUCAAAGAAAGAGGCUCAAACAUAAACAUAAUUCUCCUGAAUAAACCACAGUUCAUCUUGACGUCCUAUUCCACCUCUAUGAGUAUGUAAGGUGAUGUGUGUCUGUGUGGGUGCUCUCCCUUUCCUCUGAGAUCAACAUCAGUGUUUAUUGUAUUUUGAGUUUAGGGCGAAGGUCAGUUUGAGGAUUUGAGGGUUAUGUUUAUCUCCUCUUCAGAAUAGUGGUUAACGUUUGGAUGCAUCCAGACAUGGAGAGUGUGUUUAACAGUUUCUGACAGACUAUGGCAGCUUCCAUGAAUGUGGGCUAUGGCUGUAAGUUAAUGCCUCUGGCACUCUCUGUUUUACAGUACCGAUUAAUACCAUGCACACAUGAAACACACACACAUAACACACAUCACACACACCAAAUACUCUCACCACUUUGGCGCUGUCCAUAAAUUCAAAUCACUGUACACAGUAGUGUUGUUUCAAGUAAUUUAUUACAGUUAGCUAGAUGGUCAACAGUGUCUUGUUUUUUCAUUUAGUAUAAAUCUGACUGACUGAGAGACACACACACACUUCUGGAAAGUUCUCAUAGGGACAUUGAUCCAUCUGUCCCCUACAGCAAGACAAGAUGGGUGCCAGUGUGGUCCUUGGGGACUGAGCUGAGCCCAGGUGAUGACAGGACUGUGUGUGAGUGUGUGUGUGUGUGUCUGUCUGUUUUGUGGGAGAGAGAAUAUUUGUGUUUGCCAUGGUGAGAUGUCCCAUGCCAUCCGGACCUGUCAGUCAAUACUGCUUGGUAAUUCCAAACAGAGAAAUCAAUAGGACCUUGGUUUUUAGUGAGAAGGGAGGAUGUGUGUGAGUCUCUAGAUACACCAAUCUGGCAGUGUUUUCACUGGGUGUGUGUGUGUGUGUCAGGUGUACAGUAUGUGCCCACAGGCCACAUAAAUAAAGCCAGGGAGAAAGGGUAAUGCUGUUCUCUCCAUCAGCCAAUCAAUAGCUUUCAUCAAUUAUUCUAAAGCAGGAGUAUAACUAUCUCGGGGGUCCAACAGGUCGAUCUCGCAUCCCGUACUCUGCCAUGAUGUGCACUAGGCCUAAACAGAUAAAUCGCUAGCCAAACACAUUCGUCUCUUGCUAGGUGUGCACUUGAAUUAAAGGGGAAUCACACUCAAAUGUAUACUUUUUUUUUUUCAAGACCUUAACAUUUUUAUUUUGAUGUGAUUUAUGCAUUGACAUGGACUCUGAACAUCCAAUGUAGUUGUUUUUCAAUAAGUAAUUGUAAUUGUCUGAGUGAAACAACAGAAAAAAGUAAGCAAAUAAAUGAGUAACUCGCAGCAUUUUUAAAAGUAGAUCUCCUGUUAUAAAUUGCCGGAGACCCCUGAGCUAGCUAAACCAGAACAAAGAGCCCACACUGCAACAGUGUAACUUUAGUCCAUCCCCUAGCCCCGACCCGGGUUCGAACCAGGGACCCUCUGCACACAUCAACCACAGUCACUCACGAAGCAUCGGUACCCAUCGCGCCACAAAAGUCACAGUCCUUGUAGAGCAAGGCGAACCACUACUUCAACAUCUCAGAGCAAGUGAAGUCACCCGAUUGAAACGCUAUUAGCGCGCACCACUGCAAACUAGCUAGCCAUUUCACAUCGGUUACACAACAAAACAAGAGGAAUGAAUUAAUUAGCCAUUUCUAAUACGUUCUCUUUAGUGGCAAAACUAGCAAGCCUUGUUCAUCGUGUUAGUUAAUGGAACAUAGCUGCCUGCCUAUCAUCAUUAGGAUAUUAUACUUUACUUGUUUGUAGCUGUUGUUAAAGAUGACAUAUUUGAUGCAAUUGUGCAGGUUCAGUUUAGGAUAGGGUUGUCCACUGCUGUUUGGUUGUCUGUCAAGGCUUUGGGCUUACUCUGAUCACAUUUCUAACAAAAUGGGGGUUAAGUAAUGUUUGUAAAUCUAUCUACACUGUUAAUGCAACAGGACUAGAGUUCCCUCCUGUUUCUCCACUACUUACACAUAAACCACUAGACGUUUACACACCAGUUAACUCAUUUGCUGAUUACUUACUUAGUUACUAAAGUGUACAUCCGUGUACAUCCGUUACAACCGUUGUGAGAGGUAUUUGUCUAUCUUCAAUGCGUAACAUUUCUUGUUUCUGUAUUUCAUGUCAAAUCACCUAUCCACCCAUCCUGCUGUAAUACAUUAUCCCAUUGCAUAACGUGCAAUAUUGUAAGAAACAACAGCUAUAUUAACCAAUAGAGAUACUGAUAUUGAAGCAACGCUAUAUGCCUAACAACUGUUGUUUACCUAUAUGCAAGUGGAUUUUUUUUUUUGUAAGCUAAUCAGCGAUGCACUUUAAAUGACAGUUGAGACUGAAGGAACACUAAACUGGAGAUUUAUUAAAGAUUUGACUGGAUUUUUUCAUGUUUUCCUUUCUCUGUUUGUCUCCCCUGGAGGUUAUGUGAGACAGCAAUAAAGACUGUAUCAAACUUG